AUCAUUGCUAGGUGUCGAUUUAAUAUUAUAACUUUCAGUUUGUUAUCGGCUAUUCAAUUGCUAGGCAUUACAAACGUUUAGACAUGAAAAAAUUAGUGCAAAUCAAUUUGUUAUUAAUAGGAAUCUGUUGUUCAUUUGUAAACUUGCAAGAUUCAUCAAAUGUAUUUCCAUUGUGCAGCAGAAGAUAUCCAGAUAUUGGACAAUGCAUUCUUAAAGCCCUCAAUAAGCUUAGACCAAAUUUGGCUUCAGGAAAAUUAGCUCCAGAUUUUUAUAUAGAUCCAUUGGAUCCAUAUGUCCUUCCAAAUUAUGAGUUAAGACGUGGACUUCUUACUGUCAAAUUUUAUGAUAUUUAUAUAAUUGGUGCUACAGGCUUCAAACUCAAAGGCCUUCGUGCUUAUUUUGAAGGUGACUACUUAAAAUUCAUGCCGCACAUAGAAUAUGACAUAUUAAAUGUAUCAGCAAAGUACAGUAUUGAUGGACUUGUGUCGUUCCCACAAACGGGAGAAUUUUCACUUUCUAUACUUGAUGCAAGCAUUCAUGGAAAUGGAAGUGUUCACAUAAUUAAAAGAGAUGGAAACGAAUAUUUUAAAAUUGAGCAAGCAAAAUUGAAAUUUGAUAGACUUCAAGUUGGAAAUGUAAAGUUUUCAUUUCCAAUAGGAAGAUUGAUGGAACCAGGGCCAGUUUUAAAUUCAUUUUUAAAUAUUUUUGAUGGAAUUCUAUUUAAAUUCUUAUACAAAGUUUUUGAAGCUCGAAUCGAUGAAGUUCAUUUGGAUGUUGCAAAUAAUUUCAUUAAAAAUGUUCCUGUAAGUUAUUUUUUCAGUGAUUAG